CCUGCAGAGAACGGUUUGAACGUACCGCCUACCCUUUUCCUUCUUUUACGGAGUUGCCUAAAAGAAUAUUCCGCAAUUGGCAUUAAAUCGUCAAUGAAAACUUAGUAAACAAAUAACCCUAACUUUCAUUCCUGAUACGUAGGAAUGAUCAAUGGUUGUAGUUAAUGUUGCGUUUCCUUACAGGUUAUCAAAACCUUGCUAAUCCUGCAACUACUCUACAAAGAGAAGCAAUAGGAGUCACUUUUUGAUUUAUUGAUGUCCUGCAAUGAUAACGCUUUUCACUGCAUCUUCACUACAACCAAUAAUAUCUUAAUAGCAAUUUGUAUUAGCCUAUAACCUACAGCACACAAAGAGGAAUGUUCAGAUUACAAACCCUAACACCCUACUUUUUCAGUCAGCUACAUUGCAUGUUGCUUUUUCUCCCUGCUCUCUGGAGCAUAAUUACAGAGAAAAGAUGGCAGAGCUGACCCACAUGAUUGACAGCGAGGUCUUCUUGGCCUUCUCUACCUACGCCACCAUCGUCACCCUGAAGAUGAUGCUCCUGUCUCUUCUGACCGCCUACUUCCGCCUGACUAAAAAGGUGUUUGCAAACAUGGAGGACACCAGUUUGGCCCACUCCACUGAGGACAAGAAGAAAAUGAUCCGUGUGGAUCCAGACGUGGAGCGUGUGCGGAGAUGCCACCAGAAUGACCUGGAGAACAUCGUUCCCUUCAUCGUGAUUGGCCUGCUCUAUGCCCUGACUGGCCCGGACCUGGCCACUGCUGUGCUCCACUUCCGGGUCUUUGUGGUCUCCAGGAUCUGCCACACAGUGUCCUAUGUGCUGGCUCUGCCCCAGCCCAGCAGAGCUCUGUCCUGGGUCACAGGCAUGUUCGCCACCUUCUCUAUGGCCUACAGGGUUCUCAGCACAGCACUCUUCCUCUAGAGACAUCAGUCCUGUGAUGGGAUGGAGGCCUACAAAGGUCUCUUCCCUCUUGUGACCCAACUGAAUGUGCUUUAAGAAGGAGCAUGCUUUUCAGGAUUUCAAAAGUUUGAGGGCAUUGCAGCCUGCAUCAAAACCAGACCUGUAAAGUUCAAUCAUGUGAAAUACCUUGUUUUGUACUUCUCUAGACUAUGAUCUAAAUCAGGCUAGUCCUGAAGUACACAGCCCAACCACGGCAUGCACUCAAGUGGUUUGAUAAUACUCCUAUGUUAUUUGGUCAAAAGAGAAUAUUACAUGUCUGCGAUCUGAUUAGUAAUGUUAUUUGUCAAGUUAAACCAUGUGUCCUGUAUGAAGUGCAGCUCUCAUGCCUCUGUCUUGGGAAUUCCCAUUCCCAGAUCCUCUUCAUUUUGAAAGGGCAUAGCGUAGGUCAUUUCAUCCAUUUGUGGCAGAACCUUUUUAGCCUUUUUUAACAUUAAUUUACAGAAACGUGUAGAACUUAGAGGCAGAUGCCCCUGGCCAGCCAUGGAUAUAGUUUUUUAUUCAAAAUGAAAACAUAAUAGAAGUUGAUACAUAAAGUUAACUUUUCUCAAUGUUAGAGUGUGUGAGGCAAAUGUGUGCUCAGCCAACUGAAAGAUAACACAAUGUAUGAAACAUUAAAACCCCUGGCAACAGCAUUCAUGGGGUUCCACUAUCUAACCUUAGUGUAUGUUUAAUAAUACACAAGCCUAACAAUGAGGGAUUUUAAUAUUGCAAAUGGUAUUGAUUCAUUUAUUGGUUAACUAAAAAGUAAACAAUUUUCUCCCUUAUGUCUGCAGGAGAACUGUGGCACACACACGCACGCUUGAGUAUUGCUUUUCUCCCAAUGCUGUUGUCCUCCCUUCAAGGGCAGCCAGAAGCUGUGAUCAUCCAUGUCAAGGCCACCGGGAGCCAAGUCCUCCCUGAACCUCCUAAUAAAGUUACUUUCAGUGAUCCUUUA